AUGUCAACUUUGGUGGCGCGUCUUUUGACCGCUUUGUGGAUCAUGCUUGGUAUCAUCCAUCAUGUUGGUGUUCAUUGUGCUGAAAAGCAUAUUUGUUUAUGCACUACCAUUGGUGGUAUCUCCCAUUCACGAUGGCUAUUCGAAAUUGGCAAUGUUUUGAUAGAGCGAGGUUAUCACGUUACGUACAUUACGGAUGAGUACAAUGCUCAGUUUGCCACUGGAUACCCUAACUUGGAUGUGCAAGCUAUUCUACCACCCACGACGGCGAUCUACCCAAACAACACAAUAUUUACAUCACUUGAUGAGGUAGCCAUGUGGAAGUCACUUGAAAAAGUGCUAAAAAGUGGGUAUGAUGCAAGCUACGACACCAUGAUGGCGUUUUUCGAGAAGCAUUCUCCUGCUAUGGUGGUGUGUGACAUGAUGUUGGAUUUUUGUGCUGACGCUGCAAGUGAUUAUGGUGCGCCAAUUGCUAUCACAUCAACCAGCACAAUGAUACAUCGGCAGCAAUCCUUAUGCCGUGGUAUACCUUUUCUUCUACAAUGGCCAUGCCGUCAUCUAAUGCGUCUUUGGUAUCCGUUUCUUUGGAAAGACAACAAGGCACAUGCACUCAAACUCAUCAACAACUACUUUGGCUUGGAACCAGCACAAGAUUUUGAUCCACUUACACACAUGGUGGGCCCUAUUCUCCCCGAGCAUCAAGAACAUGCCUCCAAUCUAUCCAACGCUGAGACACAAUUUCUCGCAACACAUACAAAGGUUGUCCUCGUUGCAUUUGGUCAACACCAGCUCUUCCACCUCGAUGCACAAGAAACAGCAAGUUUAGAUACGGCUUUACAAGAACAUCAGCGAUGUGGCAAUGUGGAUGGUGUUAUUUGGGUGACAAGAGAAAAGCACAACGUAUGCAAUAACCAGCUAUCAACGACAACAAGAAGCCUUGACUCUAUGUGUGUGGAAUGGAUCGACCAGCACGCGAUCCUACAUCAUCCUGCUGUACGACUUUUUAUUUCUCAUGGAGGCUCUGGAGGUCUUCAUGAAAGCUUGGAUGCCGCUACACCAUUGUUCCUGUUUCCAUCCAUGGCAGACCAAAUACCCAAUGCAAAGCAGCUCCAAGCUGAAGGCGUGGCUCGAUGGCAUCCACGUGCUACUGCUGCUGCUGCUGGUGCGGGUAAAAUGGAUAUCCAAAGGAUCAUCGAAGAUCUCGAAUUUCUCUUGAGCUCCGAUAAUGCACCUCUGCAAGAUAGCUUAAAACGACACAAGACACUGGUUGAUCUGGGAAAAAGACGUAAACAUUACGCUGCGGAUUUGUUGGAGGAACUCGUACUUGCAAGCAAUGACCAUGGACGUUUGGAGCAUCGUAUCAAGAAAGCGAACAUGAGUCUUAUCAACACGCUAUUGAGCUGGUUUCAAAACAGGCACUGUUGUACGUAG